UCCUCUGUUCUAUUAGAAUUCGUGUAAAAUAGAAAUACUCUACUUUUUCCAUUUUUUUUAAAGUUUGGUGGUUGUUGGAAUUCUUCCUGUCAUUGACAUCCCUUUUCUGCUUAAUUUCACUUCUUGGGCUAGUUUGGUGACUGAUGUUUUUCUAUAAAUGGCAUUUAUUUUAUAGUUGUCGCCAAAUAUAACAUUAUACCUAUGUGUACCAUUCCAUCAUAAAUUUUCUUUCUCUAUACUUUUGUUUUCUCUUCCAUUUCUCAUUCAGUUAAUCAUGCUUUUUCUAAAGUUUUCCUGACCUAUCUUGAAAAAAAUUCAUGUAUUUUCAUUUUAAAUAGUCAACUUUGGUUUUAUUGUUAACUCAUUCAUUUGUGCUUUUUAAUCUUUGUUAAUUACUUCUUUUGAUAGUUAUUUAAAUAUUUUCCUACCACUUAAUUUGAAAAUGUAAAAACUAGUAUUUUAUAUCUCUGUAUUCUAACAAAUGUAUUUUCUUCAGGCUGUACAUUGUACUUCAGGGCUGUGCCUCACAAGUUUUGAUAUAUAAUUUUCUCAUUUUUAUUCAGUUUAAAAGAUUGUUUUUCUCAUAUUUUUCUGGCACAGAGAAGAUGCUUAAUAAGUGAAUGUUGCUAUUGCUUUAGUGUUUUUGUUAUUUUAUAUUUAUAAUAAAUUAUUUUUUACUUUAUUGGUUUUUAUAAUGAUUUUUAUUUUUUCCAUGAUAGCUGGUUUACAGUGUUCUGGCAAUAAAUUAUUAUUAGCAGUAAGUUAAUUUAAUACUCGAGAUUAUAUAGUAUGAAGAUCCAAAGUAGAUUAUUUGGCGUUUAAAUAAAGAAGAGGUGGGAGAACAAAGAGAGAUGUUAGUGAAUAGAAGAUAUUUGGUAAUUGAGAGUGGUGACCAUUAGAAGGAUAAGAGUACAGGUAACUUUCAGAGCUCUGACUUGCACAUUUUUGUGAAAAUGGUAAGUUUUCUACAGAAUACAAAAGACUAAGAACAAGUAUUGAUGAUCAGUUUGGUUUUGAAAAUACUGAGUUUGAUUUACCCCUGAGAAAUUCACAUGGCCAGAAGGAAGUUCUGCCUUCGGGAUCCCGACACCAGAGCUUGUCUUCAGAGAUUUACUUGAAAUUUAUCAUUAAACAGGUGAAAGAUGAGGCUGCAAAAAUGAAUGUGGUAGUUAUCCAAAUAACUUGAGAGUGGGCAAAGCACAUACCUCUGAAGGACACCCUACAGAGGUAUCCUUGGGGCAGAGGGAGGGGGAGAAAGACAUUGCUGAGCUGUGAGAGACAAAUAACACAGACUUGUGCCAUAUAGUACACGGGGGAGAAAGUUUCCAAAGAGAACAUAUCAUCAGUGUCAUAAGUAAGUGGUGGAUAAAAGAGAUGGUCCCUAAAACGAGCCACCUGAAUUUGGCAGGUGUAUCUUGGUGGUAGUUGCCCUAGCCGGGGUAAUUCUCUGAGCCCUUUGCACACAGAGACUAUUCAUGAUGAAAUUACUUACCUGAAAGGCCUAAAUAGCUUCCUAUCUGCACAAUUCUUGUGGUUGCCCUAGCCGGGGUAAUUCUCUGGGCCCUUUGCACACAGAGACUAUUCAUGAUGAAAUUAUUUACCUGAGAGGCCUAAAUAGCUUCACAUCUGCACAAUUCUUACGGAAUUUGCAUCUAAAACUUGAGACUUUACUCCAAAAAUGCCACAUUGACCACAAUGUAUCUCUGAAAGCAAACACCUGAAAAAUGUUGGUCAGAGACGCUCCUCAGACUGGAUUAAAGCUUCCUCCUAUGCGUGCCUCAGCCGCACUGAAUGCAGGCUUUGGGUCAUACACGCAGGUUCCAAAUUUGGUUCUUCUACUGCCUAACUGCAUCACUUGGGGAAAAUUACUUAAUCAUUUUAAACUUCAGUUUCCCCAUAUGUAUGUUAGGGAUAACACUUUUUUGUACUUGACUGGACAGUGAUGACUCUCGGAUCAGAUUAUGACUCUGAAGAUAAUUACAUCUGGCAUAUGGUCUGUGUUCCAGAAAUGUCCAAGAACCAUAAUAGAUAAGUUAGCAUGGUAGCUACUUACUAUGGUUCUUUGUGUUUCAGCAGUAGCCUGUGCUGUUCAUCAAAAUGAGGUGUUUACUACAUGGCGUUAAAAUAAUGGCAAGGUUUGCUUUUCUCCCUUCCUUCCGUCCUCCCUCCCUUUCCUUCUUCGCUUCUUUCUUCCACCUUUGUUAUAUAUGUGCUUUAUCUCAACAAUCAUUAUUUAUCUUUAUAAAGGUAAGCUUGGAGGAUUAUUUAAUUCUUGAGUUUUAGUUUGCUGUAUGGAAACUGUGUCACUACUACCUAUCUCCUAGAGUUAGUAUUUGAAUAAAAUUAUAACCUGCAAACAAAUAUUUGUCAAUAACACUGGGAACUCUCAAACAUGAGAACUGUACUUAUUUUUCUUAGGGUGAUUUUUUUUUUUUGGCCACCCCACCAUCACAUAUAUAAACAUGUAUGUCUUGGGGAUGUCUUAGACAUUGUUGGGCUAUCCCAGGAAAACCUAAUAAUAUCCACAUUUCAAAUGUAAGCUGAUUGUUUAGUGCUUUAUUCUAGAAUCAAUAAAUUAUUUUCAAAAAAUACUGGAAACCAUAUUAAUUAGCAUAUUGUUUAGGUAUUCUCCUUGGGGCUUUUCUCGUCAGGGAUGACUUAAUUGUGAUAUUUGUUGCCACCAAAGAGAACUACAGACUUAAGAAAAUUUGAGGCAAAAUAAUUCAGGAAAUCCUCCUUUCUCAACAAAUAGGAAAUACUGAGAGGCAGGGGUAGAAGCUUGCAGUUCUAGAAAACUCAGAAAAUACUAAAGUUCUUGGAGACUCAGUGAUAGUAAUUCAGGGAAUCUCAGUGUGCAGGAAAGACGCUGUACGUCCAUCACAUGUUACGGUCCAUCAUUCAAACGUCCCUUUCUUCUCAGUGCCUCGUCAUGUUGGUUCUCAACAGUACCGACACUCAGCCUCUGACCUUCCUCUUGACGGGUAUUCCAGGCCUGAGAGUGGCCCAGGUCUGGGCCUCCAUCCCUUUUUGUCUCCUGUAUGCCAUCGCCCUCUCUGGGAAUGGCAUGAUCCUGUUGGCGGUCCUCCGUGAAAAGCGCCUCCACGAGCCCAUGUACUACUUCCUCUCUAUGCUCUCCGCCACAGACCUGAGCUUGUCCCUUUGCACACUCUCCACCACCCUUGGCGUCUUCUGGUUUGAAGCCCGAAAGAUCAACCUAAACGCCUGCAUUGCCCAGAUGUUCUUUCUCCACGGAUUUACCUUCAUGGAGUCUGGAGUUCUGCUGGCCAUGGCCUGGGACCGUUUUGUGGCCAUCUGUGAUCCACUGAGAUAUACCACCAUCCUGACCAAUGCCAGGAUCGCCCAGAUUGGGGUCAGCAUGUUGAUGAGAAAUGUGGCUGUCAUGUUGCCGGUUGUGCUCUUUGUCAAGAGGCUGUCCUUCUGCGGUUCCACGGUCCUUUCGCAUUCUUACUGCUACCAUGUAGACCUCAUUCAACUCUCAUGCACAGACAAUAGGAUCAACAGUAUCCUUGGUCUGUUUGCGCUCUUCUCUACAACGGGGUUUGACUGUCCUUGCAUCUUGCUUUCCUAUGUCCUGAUCGUCCGAUCUGUCCUCAGCAUUACUUCUUCAGAGGGGCGACAGAAGACCUUCAACACCUGCAUAUCCCACCUCAGUGCCGUGGCCAUCUUCUACAUCCCUCUCAUCAGCCUGUCUCUUAUCCAUCGCUAUGGCCAUUCAGCACCGCCAUUCGUCCACACCAUCAUGGCCAAUAUCUUCCUGCUCAUUCCUCCUGUGCUCAACCCUGUCAUCUACAGCGUGAGGACUAAGCAGAUCCAAAAGGCCAUUGCCAAGGUGAUACUUCAGAAGCAGCUCCAAAUCUAACCUUUCGCUAUCUCAGAGUAGAGAGACAUCCAUUUAUGAGUAAGAGCUUUGGUAGAAUGCCUUUGGUAGAAUGCUUUGGUAAAAUCCCCAAAUGCCUGCCAGAUCUGCCUCCAAGAGUCCAAACCAUGCAGCUUAUAGGUUGUAUGGUAUUUGCUUAGUUUCUUUGUAAGUCCAUAUUAAUAUUACGUAAAUUAUAAUUUUGUUUUCAAGAUAAAGUGAGGUAAUAUAUGCAAAUAGUUGUUUAUAUUUGCAAGCAAUAUGAGACCUGAAUAAAAUAU